UUUAAGUUCUCUAGCUGAGCUACCGGCCGCCGUGGAGGUGAGACGACAGACUCGGACGGUCCAUAAGAAGCCUUAUUUCAUGCCGUUUGUGCUGUGAUUAGUGUUUCGACUUUCAGGAACGAGUCGUGAGCUACAAAUGCUUCCUUUAGCUCAGACGAGAAGAGAGCUAAAACCUCAGCUCACACCUUUAGAGCCACUGUAGUGAACUAAGUUACGUUUGUAGUUAAGACUCACUGUAAAUAAAGAAUCCUUAUUACAGAAGUCUUGUAGUAUUACAGCCACUCUUCUUCUCAGGUGUAUUCCUGCUGACCUGCAGUGGCUUCGGAGUCCUAACAGACCCCCCAACCUGCAAGGAUCAUGUCUGAAGAACCUAAGAAGCCCCUGCAAUAAUGGCUCUGAAUUGGUGUGGGGUUCCACAUCACAUCUUAUUAACUUUUUUGAUCCUCACAUUAUCAUCUUGGCUGUUCAUUAGCCUCUUGUAUGAUCACAAACAAACAACAGUAAGAGUAACAUCAGAACCACAGUUAAGAACGAAGUAUGGUGCAGAUGUCCCAGUAGUGAGAGAUUACUUCCAAUUCAGGGUAGAGAACACUUCAGAUUAUGCCAGAACUGAUCAGCUGCCCACUGGAAAGAGUUGCAGUGUUGCUGUGGAGAGGAGGUUUGACUGUGGCCGGGACCGUUCACUGACACGGGCAGCUUGUGAGAAGCGGGGCUGCUGCUAUGUGCCCUUGCCAUGGACUGCGUUUGGUGGGCCACCUUGGUGCUUCUACCCGGUUUCUUACCCUGGCUACAGAAUGGGAGCACUUAUUUCCACUCCUAGAGGUCAGGAAGCCAACCUUACUCGCUCUACUCCUUCUUACCUGCCCCGGGACAUCUCCACACUGACACUGGAAGUGAUGGCAGAAGAGGCAGGGCGUCUGCACCUCACUCUGAAGGAUCCCUUUCAUGCUCGGUAUGAGGUGCCCUUUGCUGCAGUGCCUCCCAGCGCACCUACAGACACACAGGCUCUCCUAUAUGACGUGGAGUUCCAGCCGGAUCCUUUUGGUUUUGUCGUGCGUCGCAGAUCCAAUGGCCGAGUGCUGAUGAAUACCACAGUAGCACCCCUCCUGUUUGCAGACCAGUACCUGCAGCUCUCCACUACUUUAGCCUCUUCUGUAGUGUCUGGAUUUGGGGAGCACUACACUGGCCUCACCCUGGACCUCAACUGGACCUCUGUCACUCUGUGGAACAGAGAUAUGGCACCACAUAGUGAUGCCAACCUCUAUGGGUCCCAUCCAUUUUGCUUGGUUCAGGAGGGUGAUGGUCAAGCUCAUGGGAUCUUCCUUCUUAGCAGUAAUGCCAUGGAAGUGGCAUUGCAGCCUGGUCCAGCACUAACCUGGGUGACCACUGGAGGGAUUCUGGACUUGUACAUCUUCUUAGGCCCUGAUCCACAGAGCGUAGUCCGACAAUACCAUCGGGUUAUCGGUUAUCCCAUGAUGCCACCCUACUGGUCACUGGGAUUCCAUCUCUGCCGCUGGGGCUACGCCUCCACAAAUGCUACCAGGGCGGUGGUUCAGAAGAUGCACGAGGCCAACUUUCCUCUAGAUGUGCAGUGGAAUGAUCUUGAUUAUGCUGACAAGAGAAGAGUCUUCACCUUUGACCCACAGAGGUUUGGAGACUUGCCGGAGAUGGUGAAAGAGUUCCAUCAGCAGGGAAUGAAGUAUGUGCUCAUUUUGGAUCCAGGCAUCAGCAGCACAAGUCCCCCAGGUACAUACAAACCGUUUGAUGAGGGGGAGCGGAGGGGAGUAUUCAUCAGAAACCUCACCGGACAAACGCUCAUUGGGAAGGUAUGGCCCGGUCCAACUGCAUUCCCAGACUUCACUAAGCCAGACACGGUGAGCUGGUGGGAGGAGUGCAUCAGAGACUUUUAUGCGAAGGUGCCUCUAGACGGCCUGUGGAUAGAUAUGAAUGAGCCUGCUAAUUUUGUUCAAGGCUCUGUACACGGAUGCCCUGACAACGACCUAGAGAACCCUCCUUAUGUCCCAGAUAUGAUAGGAGGACAUUUAAACUCAGGCACCUUGUGCAUGUCCAGCCAGCAGACUCUGUCCUCUCAUUACAACCUGCACAACUUGUAUGGGCUGACUGAGGCGAUGGCCACUUACAGUGCUUUGGUGAAAGUGAGAGCUUCUCGGCCCUUCGUGCUGUCCCGCUCCUCGUUCCCUGGGCUGGGUCGCUUCUCUGGUCACUGGACAGGUGAUGUGCGAAGUGACUGGGAGCAGCUCCGAUACACCAUCCCGGCUGUGCUCCUCUUCAGUCUAUAUGGAGUUCCUCUGGUUGGGGCAGAUAUUUGUGGCUUUGAAGGAGACACUAGUGAGGAGCUAUGUGUGCGCUGGACACAACUGGGAGCUUUCUACCCAUUCAUGAGAAACCACAACGACAGAGCCAAUGCUCCACAGGAGCCCUAUGUGUUUGGACAGCAGGCCCAGGCGGCCAUGAGGAGUGUGAUGACACUCCGAUACUCUCUUCUACCCUUCCUCUACACCCUGUUCCACCAGGCUCAUUCCUCAGCCAGCACUGUGGCCAGACCGCUUUUUCUGGAAUUCCCAUCUGAUCCAAAUUGCCAGACUAUAGACAAGCAGUUCUUGUGGGGAAGUUCUCUGCUCAUCAGUCCAGUCCUAGAGGAGGGAGCAGUGGAGCUGGCAGCCUAUCUCCCCCCUGGAACGUGGUACAGCCUGUACAAUGGACAGCCUUACAACAGCAAGGGGCAGUACCUGCUCCUCUCUGCUCCACUGGACACCAUCAACGUCCAUGUGAGGGAGGGACAUAUUAUUCCACAGCAGGUACCUGGACUGACGACAGCAGCCUCACGCAGGAACCCUUUCCUUCUGACCGUGGCGCUGUCCUCAGAGGGCUGGGCCAGGGGGGAGCUGUUCUGGGACGAUGGAGACAGUCUGGAUACUAUUGAGCGUGGCGAUUACUCAUUCAUCUUCUUCCUUGCAGGACAGUCUCAGCUGGUGAGUGAGCCAUUAAAAGUGAAUGGAGCUCUGGAUGGCUUAGUGCUGGGAGAGGUGCGUGUGUUUGGAGUUCCAACCCCCCCUACAGGUGUGUGGGUUAAUGGGACAAAAGUGCAGGACUACUCAUACCGCUCUGACACCAAGGUCCUUAUGGUGUCCAAUCUGGCCCUGCUCAUGUCAGAGACGUUUACUAUGCAGUGGAGUUCAUGACAGCAUGAGCGGCCUCUGAUGCUAUUAUUGUCUCCUUGCUGCAUAAAAGAGUGUCUGUCAAUGUGCCCUUAAAUGCCAGAGUCACAUAUGGCAAAUUUUACUGACUGAAUUGUGGAUAAAGGGUUAUGCUUUUUAAUGUGUAUAUUUUAGCUUGCAUUACCAAUAAAAAUUUUUUUUAAUUUUU